AUGGCACAAGAAGAUAGGCCCCUGUUUUGGAAUCGGGUGAAUGAGGUGGAGGAGAGAUGGAUUGAGUCCGUGGACGACAACGUCUUGGCGAGUGCGUACCUUCUCAAACUACCGGAAGGCACACAAGUCGUUGGCGCCUUUCCUCAUGGCGCCAGCUACUGGACAAGGACGGCUGAGAUUGAGACGCAACAGGUUGACGGUUCAUCCAUGUCUUUCUUCGUCGCAAAAGGAGACGUCGGUCUAGCCAUGGUAUCUGGAGAAUAUGUGUCCAUGUCUGAACUUCACAAGACGAUUCCAGACGCAACGCCGGCUCCUAUUGGCUGGGGAACCAGCAUCAUAUCGGCGUCUCUUCUAACGGCAGGAUCUUUAGAUAUACAGGCAUUUACCGCAAAGGUUGCAGAGUUGCACACCAAAGGCGUUUCUCCAAAUGGCAAAUAUGGGUUCGCAGUUCCCACUUUUAUGGGCCAGAUGCCUCAAUAUAUUACGUGGACUGAUUCGUGGGAGGAAUUCUUUACGAUUACCGUGCAGCGCUUGAUGUCCAAUAUAGAAGAAAGCCAAGGAAAGGACCCAGAACUCAGUGGCUUAAUGGCUCAAGUCGUUGCUAAAGUAAUCCCACGAUUACUCCGUCCAUUGGAGACUGGCGGCAGAGAAAUAAAGCCACGCCUAGUACAUGGUGAUCUGUAUUCCGGCAACGUAUCCGUGGACAUUGCUUCCACUUCGCCAAUUCUUUACGAUGCUACUUGCCUGUACGCCCAUAAUGAGUGUGAGUCGACUUCGCUAGAUCAUUUGUAUCAGUACUGA